AUGCGCACAUUCGAGACGUUCUUGUUGGAAGCAGCCAACAGGGCGCCAUUUUUAGUCGGUGAGGCUGCCCCAGUGUUCGUACGGCGGCAGCAGAAGAGAGCCCGGGAGAGCGACAAGGAGACAGGUGAGGGCGAAACGAGACAGUUGCCACAGGAGGAAGAUAUCGUGCGACUGCAGCGGUUGCUCGUGGAUGGCCCUCUACAGCCUCUCGGUUUGGAACACGCAGUGUAUCACUUUCUUCUCCCGGCAUUUACAGCCGCCAUGGACGCGGCGCGGGAGGUUUGGCGCACCGCAGAGGCACUGAGGGCCGCUGAAAAGGCCACGAAGGCAAAGGAAGGCGACGGCGCAAUGAAGAAGGAGUCGGAAGAGAGCGCUGGUGCCAAUUUUGACCCCAUCGGCACCACAACGGGGGCGGAGACCAGUACGCAACCGCAGCCCAAAGUUGAGGCCUUACAGCGGGCUUUGAUUGCGGCACAGGCGACGCUGAAUGCGCAGCGGCAGUUGUUGGACGCCGCGGAGGCCAAACUGCGGACUAUUGUGGAGGCCGUAAUGUGUGCUUUUGCCAAGCCGAAGAUGUCUCCGAGGGACGAGGAGGCGUAA